AUGGCGUCUGAUCCUAUCCCUCCACCCUCCAAUUUUCAGCCACAAAGCCCGCUGUUCUAUGUCAUACCUGGCGAGAUCCGUAACGAGAUCUUCCAAUUGGCGCUCAUGCAGGAUGAAGACAGCGCAGCAGCGUAUCCGGAAGACUCGUACUGGUACCGGCCAGGUUUCUCAGGUCCGCUCAAGGGCAGCAGUGCGCUUUUGCGCACGUGCAAGCUCGCGUACGCGGAGGGACAGAAAGUGUUCCUCAGAGAGCUGGAAUGGGCUUUUUGGUUUAAUCGGGGACCUGAUGGCCGUACAUGCACUCCAGCGUGCGAAAAGUUCUUCCGCAACCUAACUCCACAAGCCGUGCAGUCACUCCAGAAAGUUCGUCUUUUCACGCAGAUGUUCUGGCUCGAAGAAGGCGAUCAACUAUUCUACAUCCUCAGCAUACCUCAAUUCCGACCAACCCAGCUUACUAUUACCAUACGAUACUCUGACUGGUGGUUCUGGGAAAGCAAUUCGCCACUGAGUAUGGAAGAAAAGUGGCUACGCUACUUCGAAGGGAACCCCGGCUUGCGCGUACUGAGGGUUGAGUACGAGACGCUCAGUUGGAAGAAAGCGGAGAUGAUGCGCAUCAUCGAUCGAAACAAGAAAUGGAAACUACCUGUACGAAGGGAAGGCGGCAACUUCCAGAAGAAUGAGCUCGAGGGAUAUCUGAGCGCUGAGAACACUGAACUGAAGGAAUGGACUUGGAAGGGCCCAAGCAAGCUGGGUGGACAAGAUUGGAUUCACCACGGCACCGAAGAUAAGGUCGAAUACGUCGUCGUCACAGAUACCUGGAAGUUCGUGGAAGGCAAACUCACCGAGAAAGAGAUGGAGGGCCGAUUGACCACUAUGAUGCGAGCACCUGAGUUGACGCGGGCCGAGCCCACCUCGACCGAAACGACUUCGACGCCUACGAGACCGCGGAGGAUGAUAGAGAGGGAGUCGCAAAUCACGAAACUUGAAUCCGCUGUCUUAUAUCCCCGGCUAGUUCUUUUGGAAGCUCUUACUGGCUUCAUGAAUAAACCAAAGCAACGAGCAAAAUCCGGUCUUGCGAUGUGUGAGGCUCGACGAGAUUUCCUGGAUUCCUUCGCUUAUCUUUGCGACGUGGAGAAAGGCGGCAAAACGGUCACGGCUACUGGCUUACAAAGACUAGAGAAGGACAACCAACUCUGGCUGGCUGCUAACGAAGGUAUACGCGAUGAUAUCCUGAUAUAUGCAAACGAUGUCUUGGAUCAGAUCAAAUCCGCAACCGCAGAGACUCAGAGCAUCAUUCAAGACCGCAUUGUGGCUCUUAGUGUCGAGAAGUGUAAGCCGAGGAUACAGGUCUACAAAACAGCGGUGCAGGAACUUGCACUGAAAUGCAGAAUGGCUCUCCGAAGAGUCGAGAGAGACGACGCCGGUAUGUGUGGUAUUGCAUUCGGAUGGGCAGAUGCUUACUCAGGAAGUUAA